AUGGCCCCCCAAGCCAAGCUCCUCGCGGGCAAGACAGCCAUCAUAACGGGCGGCACCACGGGGAUCGGGCGGGCCAUCGCACUGACUUUCGUCGCCCAAGGCUGCAACGUGGCCGUCAACCACCUCGACCUCGAGAAGGACAAGCGCCACCUCGACUCGCUGCUGUCCGAAGCCGCCGCGAUCCGCGAGAAGGACCCGGCCGCGGGCAGGCUGGCCCACCUGCCGGGCGACGUGCGCGACCCGGCGACGGGGCCGGCGCUGGUGGCCUUCGCGCUGUCCGAGUUUGGCACAAAGCGGCUCGACGUGUGCGUCUCCAACGCGGGCAUCUGCACCUUCGCGCCGCUGCUCGACCUGUCGGCCGACCUCUUCUCCAACACGGUGCGGACCAACCUGGACGGGGCCUUCUACGUCGUGCAGGCGGCGGCCCGCCAGAUGGCGCUGCACAACGACCCGCCCGGCGGCGGCUCCAUCAUCGCCAUCUCGUCCAUCUCGGCCCUCGUCGGCGGCGGCCUGCAGGCCCACUACACCCCGACCAAGGCCGGCGUCCUCUCGCUCAUGCAGAGCGCCGCCGUCGCCCUGGGCCGGUACGGCAUCCGCUGCAACGCCCUGCUGCCCGGCACCAUCAAGACCCAGCUCAACGAGGAGGACCUCAAGGACGACGCCAAGAGGACCUACAUGGAAGGGCGCAUCCCGCUCGGCAGGACGGGCGUGCCGGACGACUUGGCCGGGCCGGCCGUCUUCUUGGCGUGCGACGAGCUGAGCGGCUACGUGACGGGGGCGCAGCUGCUGGUCGACGGGGGGCUGUUUGUGAAUUUGCAGUAA